AUGCAAUGGAUACAAGAAGUCAACCCGUCAGAAUUGGGAGUUAUUCAUCUGCGUUCUGGCAAGCGUGGUAUCGUGCCAAACAGUUUAGUCCAACUUGAUAAAGAAACUCCGCUUCGAUUGGCUGAAAACAACCGUGGUAAAAUACAGCAAUAUCUGAUGCAUUAUAAUGUACAGGGUGCUUAUCUUAUUCGAUACAGUACUAGUGAACCAAAAGGUUUUGUGUUAAGUAUCUUACAACCAAAUAAAGAUUAUAAUACUUUACAUUGGCAUUGUGUUAUUCAUAUUAAACCAUCGGAUAAUCGCUUUUAUUUUUCAAAAGAAAAGUCACUUGAAGAACUCGAUUUCUCAUCAUUUCAUGAACUUAUUGCUAAUGAAACUGUGCGUAGUGUUAUUCCUCUUACUGGAAUUUUACCUCUACCAAUUGAUUUUGAACAAGAAAUUGGAAAACGACGAUUUAAUGAAUUAGAAAUCGGUGAGGAAAUUGGUAAUGGCAAGUUUGGUAUAGUUUCGCGUGGUGUCUGA